CAGCUGAUUGCAAAAUUAUGCGGAAACGCAAAAGUUGGAUUUGGAUCUCGGAAACACCCGAGCGAGGACCCCAUAAGCAUAUCACACUGAGCGAACGGCAGCAGCGAAGGGCACAGCACUUGCAUGCGCAGGAAGUGAGGCUCAGCGCUCAGUGCCAGCAGCGGGAGAUCAUCGACGCGUCUGACGCGUUAUUUUUGUGCGGGAACCUACUAGACCGGAUGUCAGGUGCCAUGAUCCAUCUCCUUAUCAUUACAUCUAUACUGGCCUUGUUGUAUUCUCUGUCGUACUCACUCCCCUCGCUCACUCGCUACUACCUUGUGCAUCCUUUCACACGGUGCACCCUCCCACAUCAUCUUGUACCUGCCUCUGGCAGCUUCUUCACAUUCUCGCACCCUCUCUUUAGAAUGGUUGAAAUACACUUCAUUGAUAUGGAUUUAUUCUAAAUGUUCGAAACUUGACUUCUAUUAGGCUGAUAAAAUUCGACAAAAUCUACCAGCUAUCAAGUACCGUUGUGUUCUAGAAGGUCUGUGUAUCGAAGGUGCUACUGCGAGCUCUGGGUGUUUUUGU